AUGGCCGCGCCGAGUGGACCCGUGUUGCACGACGACAUGAAGCCAAUGAAUCUGGUUGUUUGUAUUGGGGUUGUCCUGCAUGAAACACUGCUCGAGGAGAAUGGCCUCCUCCCCGUGUCUCCAUGUCUCGCCAUUCGUCUCGGACCUUGUCGGAAUUUGCCUACAGCUCCGGAAUUGAUGUUUUUUGUUGGAGCCAUUGUUCAGCCCGUUUUGUUGCAUGAACUAACCACCUUCCGUCUCAAUAGCGCUGGACUGGACGACGAGAGCCAAGACCAGAUCAGGUCAAACGGGUCUACCCCAACGCCGACUGGAAUCGCAACGCCCGAACCCGAUCUCGCGGACAAGCGUCUGCCUUCCAUAAUGCACAACUACUUCCAGGUUGGUUCUUUCUCUGGUGAUAAAGCGAGUCUGCCACGGUUAUGGUCAUGUCUGUCGAAACCCUCUGUGGACCCUCAAUCAAAUGCGCUUCCAAUCCAUUCCUCUGGUUCCUCCGAGUCUUUUGUCAUGAUGGAGCAGGAAGAUGGGUCGGAUAAGAUGGAGGAUGAACACCCCAGCUUGCCCACACCUCCACAUUCGUUGUUGCAGCAUGAGUCGGACGAGAUGGAACUCGGGACGAGUCCAGGCGUGUCCUCGAUUUUUUCAACUCUGAAGAAAUACCUCAUCCCACCUGCAAGCACUCCUCCUGAUGACUCUUCUUCCCGCCGUCAAACAUCUCUCCCAGUGUCCAGCAUCUCUGACGACUCUGUUCUUGCCACACAUUUCUCCAACCCCACUCUCCCUUCUUCCUCAGAUGCCUUUUCCCUGACCGAAGCCCCCCUCCUCGACCAUGAAAAGCCGCAUGUCUCUAUAUCUUCUGAGAAUCUUGCCAAGCUAACUGAAAACGCGCCCGAUGGGUCGCGUCUUAAGAAUACCCCACCUCUUACUCCCCGGGCCAUGUCCAACGAGGUCCCAGCCGCCCAGGACAAGACCAUCACUUCGGCCCCGCAGGAGACCUCCUCGGAGACUCCCCAAGAAACGCCACAAUCCGAGUCGAAGUCGGACGAUAUGGAAAGCUCUACAGAUGAGAUUACGAUGAAACUCGAUGAAGCAUUCCCAUCUCAACCCCAGUCUAAAUCUACGACAACUCCAUCCAACGGGGCACCCACGGGCCCGAUCAACGGUAAAUUGUUUGUGAAAAUCACCGACGGUCGAGGACUGCGACCCAGUUUCGAUCCGUAUGUGGUGUGCGUAUUUGAAUGGAAUGAGUACAUUUCAAAGGGUGCUCGCGACGGCGAGGAGGAAAAGAAACGACGCCAGCAAGAGUCAGAUGCCGAGGAGGCUGCUGGUCGGCCCAUGGCCAUUCCCUUGAAGAGCCGCUCUAGUAGUCACAACAGUGCAAUCGAGAGUGAUCACAAGGGGCGGACGCCUGUGACAGACCCGCACUGGGAUCACGAGGCCACCUUUGACGUUAUGGGAGAUCAGUCAGAGCUCGAUGUCACAGUUUAUGACCGCAACAAUCAGGAAGCUUUCUUGGGCCACGUACGCCUCUGCAUCAACCUCAAGGAAGAUCACAGCCGACUGGAAGGCUGGUUCCCCUUGGUCGCCCGCGGUGCCGGAGAUAACCAAGUGUCUGGAGAAAUUCACCUCGAGAUGAAAUUCGAAAAGACAGAUCGAAAGCAGGUCGGACCGAAUGAUUUCCUCAUCCUCAAACUCAUCGGCAAAGGAACGUUCGGCCAAGUCUACCAGGUUAAGAAGAAGGACACACAGCGUAUCUAUGCGAUGAAAGUCCUCUCCAAGAAGGUUAUCAUUCAGAAGAAAGAGGUCAUACACACCCUCGGAGAGCGCAACAUCUUAGUGCGCACUGCGAUGACAGCCUCUCCGUUUAUUGUUGGGCUGAAGUUCUCUUUCCAGACUCCAACAGAUCUUUAUCUCGUGACGGAUUAUAUGUCGGGCGGUGAAUUGUUCUGGCACUUGCAGCGUGAGGGUCGGUUCCAGGAGGCCCGGGCGAAGUUCUACAUCGCCGAGUUAAUCUUGGCUUUACAACACCUACACGAUCAUGACAUUGUCUAUCGGGAUCUUAAACCGGAGAACAUUUUGUUGGAUGCCAACGGUCACAUUGCGCUUUGCGAUUUCGGUUUAUCCAAGGCGAAUCUGGCACAAAACGACACCACCAACACCUUCUGUGGUACCACUGAGUACUUAGCUCCCGAGGUGCUGCUUGAUGAGCAAGGAUACACAAAGAUGGUCGACUUCUGGUCCUUGGGAGUAUUGGUCUUCGAGAUGUGCUGUGGCUGGAGUCCGUUCUAUGCCGAGGACACUCAACAGAUGUACAAAAAUAUCGCAUUCGGCAAGGUUCGAUUCCCCCGUGAUGCGCUCAGCACUGAAGGACGAAACUUCGUCAAGGGCCUGCUGAAUCGUAAUCCCAAACACCGACUCGGUGCGAACGGCGAUGCCAAGGAGCUCAUGGCACACCCGUUCUUCCACGAUAUCAACUGGGAGACACUUUGCCGCAAGGAAGUAAUUCCUCCGUUCAAACCACAGCUGCAGUCUGAAACCGACACAUCGAACUUUGAUCCCGAGUUCACAAAUGCGAUGGAGCUGAACAACUCGCUCAAUCUCCGAGCAGCAGCUCUCGCCAACGGUCUUAUGCCAGCCUCUACGCCCUUGUCCCCUGGGAUGCAAGCCAAUUUCAAGGGCUUCACCUUCGUAAACGAAAGCUCUAUCGACCAUCACUUGAUGGAUGACAGCGAUCAUAUGGAUGAAGACGCCAUGCAUGACGGGCAUUGGCAACAUGGCCACCGGUCGGGCGAUUCGACCGACCAGCGCAUGACCGGCGUUCAGAAGACGCACGACGGCACCGAACCCGGUAUUUUCAACGUCGAUGAUACCUUUGACAUGUGA